AUGUUGGUGCGAUGUUGUGGAAGAUUCCAGUUAGACUUUGAUGACAUUUGUGGUGAAUUGAUGAAUUGUCAAUGGGCUGUUGUUGGAGUUCAUUGCUCUCAACUUGCAAGGAGAAGGAGAAGGGCUUUGAUAAAGCACCUGAGAAGGCUAUUCUUUUCUCUUAACCUUAAAGAAACUGAUGAGCAUGCCUUUAUAUUGAAAUCCAAACAGCAGCCUACGUUGAAGGUUGUUGGACCCAUCAUUCGUGAUCACGUUCAGCCUCGUAUGCAGCAGCUUCUAAUGCUUUCAGAGAAGAAUAUGAAUGCUGAAUUACCAGAUGCAAGGCACGGACAAGAUGUUGAGAUUAAUAAUCCAUCUGAAGAUAACAUUUGCCCUCGUAAGAGGGUGAUUGGCUCUGAGAUGCCUUCUGCCGAGUUACUUGCAGCUGCAGCCAAAUUAACUGAAGCCGAAGCUGAAUAG